UCUUUUGCCGGGACUCAGACGGGACAUGGCGAAUGUCAAAGUUGCUGUGCGAGUCCGGCCUCUCAGCAAAAGAGAGCAUUCAGAGGGAAGAAGAAUAAUCAUAGAAGUUGAAGAUAGAGUGGCAAAAGUCAGAAACAUAAAGGUGGACAACCGGUAUGAGGGUCUUUGGGACACAAGGGAAAAAGUUGUGGCAUUUGGCUUUGAUUACUGCUAUUGGUCAGUUGAUCCUGAGGAUCCUAAAUAUGCAUCUCAGGAAGUGGUUUUCCAGGACCUUGGUACGUCAGUAUUAUCCGGUGCUUUUAAAGGAUACAACAUUUGCCUUUUUGCAUAUGGACAGACAGGUUCAGGAAAAACACACACCAUGAUGGGAACUCCAGCAUCCAUUGGAUUAACACCUCGUAUAUGUGAGGGUCUGUUUUCAAGAGAAGAUGACUAUUCAAAACAUUCAGCAUCAUGCAGAGUGGAAGUCAGUUUCCUAGAAAUCUAUAAUGAGCGGGUUCGGGACUUGUUAAGACGGUCAGACCACAAGAAGCCAUAUACACUUCGUGUCCGUGAACACCCUGAGAUGGGUCCAUAUGUACAAGGGCUUUCUCAACAUGUGGUUACAGACUACAAACAAGUAGUUGGACUUCUGGAAGAAGGCAUAGCGAACAGAAUUACAGCAGCUACCCAUAUUCAUGAUGCCAGCAGCAGAUCUCACGCUAUCUUCACCAUCCAGUAUACUCAAGCUAUACUAGAAAACAAUCUGCCCUCUGAAAUUGCAAGCAAGAUCAACUUAGUGGACCUUGCAGGCAGUGAAAGAGCUGAUCCUAGUUACUGCAAAGAUCGGAUCACAGAAGGAGCCAACAUUAACAAAUCAUUGGUUACUCUUGGAAUUGUCAUCUCUACCUUAGCCCAAAACUCUCAGAUGUUCAGCAGUUGCCAGAGCAUAAAUAGUAUAGCUAGUGAAGUGGACAGCAGCCAUACAGACAGUCACUGUGGAGCCAGUAUUAGCAGCCACAAGCGUCAAGCUUACAUUCCAUACCGUGACUCCAUUCUCACUUGGCUUCUGAAGGACAGUUUGGGUGGCAAUUCCAAGACCAUUAUGAUUGCAACUAUCUCUCCUGCAAGCUCUUGUUACAAUGAGACCAUGAGUACAUUGCGAUAUGCCUCAAACGCCAAAAAUAUUAUUAACAAACCCCGGGUAAAUGAGGAUGCAAAUGUGAAGCUGAUCAGAGAACUACGAGAAGAAAUUGAUAGAUUGAAGGCUAUGCUGAUGAGCUUUGAGCUGAGAAAUUCUAGUCCUUCAUGGAGUGAUGACAAAGAAGGAAAUCUAACAGAAUUAGUUCUUCAAAAUGAAAUUAAGAUUGAUCAGCUGACCAAAGACUGGACAGAUAAAUGGAUUAACAGGAAAGCUAUCAUGGAAGAAUACAGUGUGGAUAUCAACAAGAAAAAAGCGGGAGUGGUGAUAGAUUCCAGUUUACCUCAUUUAAUGGCCAUGGACGAUGAUAUCCUUAGUACUGGUGUUGUGCUCUAUCAUCUCAGGGAAGGAAUGACCAAAAUUGGAAGAAGUGAUUCAAACCAGGAACAGGAUAUCGUUUUGCAGGGUCAGUGGAUUGAAAGGGACCAUUGUGUUGUAGACAACCAGUAUGGGAUUGUGACUCUGCGGCCACUUCAGGGAGCACACUGCAUUGUGAAUGGUCAUGAAAUCACAGAUUCCAUCCGCUUGUCUCAAGGAGCUCUUGUUAUUCUGGGUAAAGCUCACAAAUUUAGAUUCAACCACCCAGCUGAGGCUGCCAUUUUAAGACAAAGACGAUUAAUCAGUGAGUCCUCUUCUGUGAUGAGUUGCAGAUCCCUUGAAUGGCUAGAUUUGGAUGGAGACUUCUCUACCCUUUCCUAUAGUUUUUAUCCAGCUGAAACAGAAAAGAGUGAACAGAGAGAUCCUCUGCAUGAAGAAUGCCAACCAAAGCUGAAGAACCAGGAGGUUCUUCAGAGCAGGGAGAUUCAACAGCAGCAACUAUAUGUUGAAGAAUUACAGCAGCAGAUCUUGGAUGGGCAAAUCAAAGCUGAGCGAGAACUAGAACAUGAUCAGGCAGUAAUCAAUCAGCAGAUCAGAGAAAACCAGCAGUGGCUCAUUGAUGAAAAGAAACAGCUGGCUUUCCAGCAACAGCGAGAAUCUGCAGUGCAGACAGAAGUCAAAUCAUAUGCAGAAGCUGGAGUCCAGAAUACAUUGGAAUCAGAGAUUGGCCCUUCCCUGACCGAACAGAACAAGAAGAAAUUGGUACAGCUAGAACUUUUACGAAAAUACUCUUUGACGAAAGCAGAAAGGCAUUUAAGCCGGAAGAAGGUUAAACUGCAUUUGGAAAGGAUUGUGAAGAAGCAAAAAUUGCUAGAAGCUAAGAAAAACCUUGAACAGUUAGAAGCUACUUCUUGGAUCACUGAGGAUAAUGUAAAACAUGCUGAGUCUUUGAACCAAGAUACAAUAGUAACUUCUCAGAACUGCAAAUAUUCUCAGCUAGAAUCAGAUUCAAGCUCCUUGCAGUGCAGAAGAAACACCUUUUUAAAUCUACAGCUACCACAUUGCAGUUUUUUCCUGAAGAGGGAUCCCUCUCAAUUAUCUACCUCAGCACACAGCUAUGAAUGCUCUAAAGUCAAUCCACCAAGAAAAUCAUUGUGUAUAGAAUAUCUUCCCAGAGCAGUUAAAGAACUUGCAAGAAGAGAAAACAGUCAUGAUGAGAAAGAUGGCUCCUUCCCAACUCAGAGACAGUUAAUAAAAAUUCAGAAGUCAUUAUAUUUGGGAAAUAAAAGAAUAGUGGGAAAUAAUACAGAAGUCGUUUCUCAUAUCUGUAAAGAUAACCUAAAGAUGGAGAAAUCAGAUAACAGACCAAGGCAACCCAGAUCUAAAGCCCAGAUCGCUAAGGCUUCUUCUCCUGACCGUUGUAAGAGAAAGUGUGAACCUGAAAAAACAAAGCAAGUGGAUAAAGCAAAACUACAAGGAGACUCAAAUCAGUUCACAGGGAAGCACUUAGAAAAGAAUGAAGCCCAGGAAGCUGUUAGAAAGAUUAGAACAGAUAAAAGAAAAAAGCACCAAAGUUCACUUCCAGGAAAUCCUAGUAAGGAACUGAAAAAUCCAUCAGUAUGUGGUAAACCUUCAAUACAACAUGUAAGCCAAUCAGCAAAGAAUGUGAAAAGAGAUCCAAAGGGCAAACCAACAACGGAACAACAUGAACUCCUGAAGGGAGCAACUUCAGCAAGGAGCCUUAACAAUUUAAGUAGCCACACACCACUCUGUCAUGGUGACAAAAGAUGGCACAGUGCUGAGGUGUUGAGUGUUGGAAUCUCAAAAGUAGCCCCUGAUCCACUGAGGAGCUGGCAAGAAGAUGAAGACAUUGAGUUUUCUGAUACAGAUAGUACUUACUCUGUGGAUUCUCUUUCAUGUGCUAAUCCAAAAGUCCUGACAGAGCAACUGACAGAGCAACUGAAUCAUGAGGAGUCAGCUGGACUAGACACUGCUGACCUGGAAGGUUCUGAAAGUGAUGACAGCCAGAUGUCCCAAGAUUCUCUUAAGGAAAAGGUAUACAAAACUGAAUGCAAAGAUAUAAAACAUUUUCCUGAGGCACAUCAAGAACCUGUUGCAUUUUGCGAAGACCAUAACUAUCAGCCCCUCUCAUUGUUAGCAAACACAUCUGUAUCAAGCAGUAAUCUGGCUAUGAAUGAGAGAAGCUUUUCUCUUGAUAGUCUAGGUGAUGCUGAUGAAGUGUCAGGAGAAGAUCUUGCAGAGGAAUCCAAACUAGAGACAUUUGAUGAAGUGCCUGCAGAGGUUUUUUGGAAAUUGCAAAAUCUAAGGUCGGAAUCUAUAAAGAGCAACAAGCAACAUAAUCCAGAGAUUUGUAAUAAAACUGUAAGAUGUGAUGACGUGAAUCUGAACACUAGUUCUUUUUAUCUGGAUGCCAGUAUACAGUCUAGUUCUAGUGCCAUUUGUGAUCAAUCAGUAAAAGAUAUAGAAUUUAGCUUUUCAGGGCAACAAGGCUCUAUAGAUCAAAGAUCACACACUGCAGGUGAAAAUCUUCCAAUUUCAUCAGAUGCUUGGUUGUCCUAUGACUUGAAAAAUGGUAAGAGCAGCCCCAUAAUAGCAAUGCCUUCUUCCCAAGAUCACUCAGAGUUUCGGGUUGCUCAGCUGCACCCUGUUAACAAGUCAAAUUGCUGGUUGAAGAAAGAUGACCUAAGGCAGUCAGCUGCUGAAUUAUCAUUUGUCUCCUGUUACAAAACACCUCAUCGGAUUUCUCAUGAGCCAAACAAAAUUGAAAUGCUACUUUCCUCUGCAGCACCAUCAGUACCUUUACCAGAAACAAGGAAACAAUCUGAGACUGAAGCUCCAGGACCCACAUCACCAUUUCCUCUUUCUACAUUUCCUACAAAACAUGGUUACUGUGAGGUUGCCUCUCCACAUAAGUCUAAUUGCCCACAGCCUGAUAACUUGUCUGAAGGAGGAUCCACUGAUGAAUGGAGGCAAACAUCUGGAUGUUUGAAAGAAGCUUCAGGGACAGAUAGCAUAUCUCAAGCGCCAGAGAAACAAUGUUUUUCUACUUCUUCAAUUUAUCCUGAGAUUUCCAAGGAUCUAGAUUUAAAAAAUAAUUCAUUAAGUUCUGUACCAAGUACUUUACAGAAAGCAGCAAUUUAUGUAAAUACUAAUUUUGAAGAAUGCCUUUUUAGAACUAUUGAAAAAGAAGACAUCGACUAUGACUCUGAUAGCAGCUUAAGGGACUCAAAAGCAGUUGAGUUAAACCCUAUAGAUAAACCCAUCUGUACAUUACCGAAUGAAUCUCCUGAUUUGACUUCGAUGUGUACAACAGAAGAAAAAUACCAAGGCCAAGAGCAUUUAUUUUCAAAAGAGGGAACAACUUUAUUUAGUGAUGAAAGUUUCUAUCUUUGUGACACAUUAAGCAAGUGUGCAAAUUCUGUUACUAAUGUUGGGGAAGAGGAAUACUCUGCUGAUAAGAUGUAUUUACUAAGUUAUGAUAAAAAUAACUUCGACCUGAUGCAGAAAACAAGGUACCAACAGGUCUCUGCAGAGGAAAUUGGUAUAAAAAAUGAAUUGCAUCAAGCCAAGACAAUGUCGUUUCACCACAGCGAUCAAUUUGCUUUACCAGUACAGACCUCUGAAAGUGAGAGGGUCAGUAUGCAAGAAAACAGAGAUGUCUUAACAGAGUCUGCUUUAGAGGUUCCUUCAUUUAGAGAGGUGGAAGAAGAUCAAGAUGAAGAAUGGAGUUCAGAAAAUAAUUUUGAAUUUAAAACUAAUGCGUUAAUGAAAGAUUCCCAUUCAAGUUUAAAACAGGACUAUUCUGGAAAUAGCUUGAGCCAAAAGGUUUUGUUAACUUUUGAUGCUGACAACAUGGUGGGGAAGAGCAGUGAAGGGAGAAAUUAUAACAUGGUUGCUUUUUCCAGCCAGGAAACGCCUUCACCCACUUGUAUGGAUUUGGUGACUGACAAAUCAGUUUAUUCUAAUAUGGACUUAAAUGAGGAAAAAACUGAACUUCUAAUAGAUUCUGGUGCAACCAGAUCUUACUAUAUGGGAAAUCAUUUAAAUCAUUCUGGCUCUGUCAGCAACACUGAUCAGAAACAUACAGCCCAUAAGGAGGUUGAUCAUUCUCUUACAUUCGACUCCACUGUUCACUCUGGCAAAACCAAAGCUCAGCACAUACCUGCAUCAAGAGAGGAGAAAGAAGCUCCAAUUUUGCACAUGUUCUUCAAUGAAAAUGAUUUCUCAGGAAUGGAAUUGCAUUCUGAUCAAGCCAGAAAUUACAUUGAAAAGUACUCUGGAAAAUUGUUCAAAAGUGAUGGCGUUGUAUCAGUCACAACAUCCGAAGAACAGAAUCUGAAAAUGAAAAAAGUAUCUGAAUAUCUAAAAGAGAGAGUUGUUACUGGAGCCCUAACUAUUUCUGAAGAAAAUAAGAGUGAGCAUAACAGUAAGACAAUAAACUCUGAAGAACUCACUAAAUUGAUAAAUAGUGUCGAUAAGUUGGAAAGUGACAUUUCAGAAAUGAAAUAUAGUCAGAGUAUAAGUUUGCAGAAUUACCUUAGAGUUGAAUCCCAGAGUGAAACUGCAGAAAGCAAGAGGAACUCUGAAAGCUAUAGUUUCAUUCACAAAGCUAGGCAAGAUAAUGAGAAAUGUUACAAAAAGCUGUCUACAACAGUAAUACAUGAAGAAAUAGAUAAAGAGAAGGCUCAGUUGAUUGAUGGUAACAAAGAACCAUGUGCAUCAAAAACAAUGGGGGCUGAUAGCAAUAUUCUUACAACCAAUGUUAAUCACAAUAAAAUCCAAGGAAAUGCAAAAGAAAGUGAUUGUCCCACAGACAUAGAAGCAAGCUCAACUAUUUUAACACAACUUACAGUAGAUUUCACUGACGUGUGUGAGGAACCUGUUCAAGCUGACAGAAGUAUAGAAAGUAUCUUCAACUCUGAAUCCACAAUGAUUUCAAUAACCACCGAGUAUAGGCAAGGGAACAUUUUAAACUACAGUGAAGAAGAUAAAAAAGAUUCUACUAACAAUGAAACUUUAAUAAUGUACCCUAAGACUGUUCAAGGAAAUAACGUUGUUGGGGACAUACUUUGUUCUCUAGGAGUAGGCAAAGAACAAAGUGAUACAACAGAAAAUGGAGGAUUACUGGAUUCAAGUUUAACUGGGCUACACAGUGAUGAAAAUGUUGUAUUGCUAAAAGAGAACUCAGCUCAUGGUUUUAUGAAUUGUGACAGCAACAAUCAUAGAACAGCUCUUGAUGAUGCUGAAGUACCAAAAACAUACUUCACUGCUUCUAAACUGGAAGAGCAAAAGGAUGUACAUCCAUUAGCAGAAGCAUGUUUUGAUACCAAUGAAACACAUGAAGAAAAAAGAUCAACAAUUUUUGGGAGUCACAUGGGUGUUGUGAAUGAACCACUGAAAGACAAUAGUAAUGAUGAUGAUUUGGAUGAUGGAAGACCUAUAACUAGGCAGUGUGGAACUAGUGAGGGCUUAAAAAAAGUCACCAAUGUUAAAAAUAUUAGUGCAUCCAAAUAUCCUUCUACAAAUUAUUCUCAUAACAGUAGUUCAGAACAAGAUAACAUAAAGUUUGUUGGAAACAGACCUGAUGGUCAUAAAGGUAUGCCAGUUCAUUGCAUACCUAAGGAAAAAGAGGCAGUACAUUUGAGCACCUCAGUACAAUUGGCUAAAACAGAGGUAGUGGCCCAAAAUAUCAGUACACAAAGCAGGUAUACUUUUAAAACAGAAAAGGAAGGGGGGAAAUUGGAAGAAAAUAAUGAAAGUCCAGAACUGGCUGUUUUACAAAAUCAGGCUGAAGUUCUACCAGAGAAUAAAUGUAGUUACUGGUAUUCUAACAGUGGCACUCCAUUAAGUGAAGUAUCAAAAGAAAAGGAAUGGCUAUCUCACAUUUUUUCAAGGAGUAAUGAUAUUAUGGAUGACUCAGUAUCUGUUAGCCAAACAAAUCCACUAGAAAGUGCAAAGCAAGACUAUGAAUUAACCUCCAUGGCUUUUAAAAGCUUUCCUCUUCAGAAUACGCAUAGUGCUUUGUCACCUGGAAUAAAUCCAAAUGGAGAAAAUAAGAAGGGUGACCCUACUAGCAAUCCUGCAAUGUCAUUAAGUUAUAGUACUGGCAGUGAAGUACUUCUCCAGUACUAUGAAACACAAGUGGACAGUGACUUGCAGGAUGGAAUACUGUGUACCGCUAACAAAGGGGAAAUAAACAAUUCACUUUCUGGAGUUGUCAUGAAAAAUAAAUAUAUCACAUUUCCUCCUAAUCAGCUGCAGCAAGACAGUGAGGUGAAGGAGGACUUAAUAUUCAAUAAAAAUUCUAAUUAUACUGCAUCUGAGCAGAGUCCUACUGAGGAUGACACACGUUCAGAAUCACAUAUUGCAGAUUGCCAUAGAUCACUAGCUUUUUCUCCUGCUGAUAACAAAAGGUUGCUUUCUUCUGAAAGUUCAAGUCAUGAUAUGGGUGAGUCUCAUGGAGAAUACAACACAAAAGAGGACAAAGAAUGGUGUUUAAAUUCAUUAAACAUAUUUCAAAAAGAAAGUGCUGCAUCAGACUCAUUGGACUCAAAGGGAAAAGAUAUGUUCCCUUCCUCAGUAGUCAGAGAAAAUAUAGAAGAAAGAACACCAUUGUUACCAGCACUUUCUUCUCAAGAGUGUUUUAGCAGCAUUAUCUGUCAUAAAGAGUUGAAUUCAUUAAUGCAACUUGAUCAGACAAAUAAAUGCCUAGGUAUCAGUUGCUUUGAGACGGAAUACAAAACAAAUACUGAAAGAUUUACUGGAGAAUUGGAAUCCAAAACAGAAACCACUGAUAUUCUUGUGUGCAGAACAUCCCAUGAUCUCUGUGUGGGGCACUCAAAUGACAUUGUGCCAACAUCUCAGGAUGAAGUGAAUCUUUCAGGGCGUUCUGACCAAGCCCUAUGGGAAAAUACUCAUUAUGAUGAAGACGAUGCUGCAGGAUACAAUAAGAAUUCUUACAUUUCUGACUACUCCGCUAGUCACUUCAGUAGUACCGCUAAGCUUCCAAAUGUUUUGUUAGAAUGCCCUAUAGACAAGUACAAAGCUGGUGUUCUCUAUUUUGGAGAAAGCAAAUAUUUGGACUCAGAAAUAUGUGAUGUUCCUGUGUCAAUUAUAGAUGAUUACACUGUACAUCAACAAGAUAGCAAAAUCAAUAAUCAUGCUGAUAGCACCAAAAAUACUCAAGAAGUGGUGGAAACGUAUCAAAAUAAAAAAGAAGAUCAAGAUUAUUUCCCUGAAUGUCGGUGUAACCAAGAAAAUAAUGUGUCUUUACAAUCCGAGAACUAUGCAGACAGGACAGAAAUAAAAACGCAAGCAGGAAGCUCACUUACACACCAAAGUUUAAAACAAAGAAGCAGUGAGGAAUCAAUACUUCCACCAUUAUGUUCUGAAGAAGAUAUUUCUACUCAUAUUGUAUUUAAAAAUGCAAGUGCUCUUGAGUCCCCAAGCUCAACAGAAUGCUUUGAAUCUUCUGUAUGUAGGCCAUAUGCUGAUUCGCUACCAGACGCCUUUUUGACUCCCUGUUUGUCAACUGCAUUUCGAGUACAAGAAAGUCAAUUGUUUUGUCAUCAAGCUUUUCCAGAUACAUCUUUUCCAGAUAUUCCUUGCUCAUCUUCAACCUCUCUUAGCUUCAACAUGAGUCAUAGUGAAACUGAAAGACAUGCUGCUACAUCAAGCAGCCCAACACUUGCCACCAGUCAGAUACAGGAAAGUCAGUGUGACAAUUCUAAGAUACUUGAACAGCAGUUGAUUGCUUCAGAAACAACUUCUCUUUCUCUUGCAAAAGAAAGUAGAGAUCUCCCACAAUCUGAUACUGAAACUAGCUCUCAAAGAAACACAAUUUUAGAUUGCAGUGGAAUGCAUAAAUUUAAAGCUGAAAAAUUCUUCCAUGAAGCAGCUGUUUGUCAAGAACCUAGGGAUAAAGCAGGUGGUUUAGAAGACAUCAGAAAAACUUCGCAUCAUACUUUAAAUUCAAGUCUUGAUUUGCAAGGAGAUGAAAAUACACCACAUUUAAAAAGGAGGGUUGAUAUAGUAAAUAUCCCUGCCGCAAACACACGUAAUCAUAUAAUUGCAUGUAAGGUGAUGAAGAAUGAGAGAGAAUUCUUCACAUCUAAACAGCUAAAUGUUUCAGUAAUAAAUGAUAGCAUGUCUUCCAAGUAUUUUUCAGGAAACCGCUGUUUGACUUUGCAAGAAGAACCUGCACCAGAAAUACCUUUGAAUGAAAAUAUACGUUUUACUUCACAGAAUGCAAGCAAAAGCAAAGAAGAUGGACAACGGCCAGGUUUACAGUGUCAUAGUUUAUCAGCCCCAGCUAUUGCUGCAAUGUGUAAUUUUGAAUGUGCUUCAGAAACUUCUAAGGUAGACCUUUCUGUGCAUCCUGCCUCUAAGUCAUUACAAGAGUUAAAUAUGAGCGUUGAGCCUCCAUCCCCAACUGAAGAUGACAUGCACAGAAUAGAAAGCUUAUCAAAAUUAAAGACAGACAAUGUUGUACCAACUAAAUAUAAACCAAGAUUUCAAAAGAAAUCUAUUCAAGCCCAGAGGUCUAAUCAUUGUGAUAAAAGAAACUGUAGAGAGCGAGCACAGGGCAGUCACUCUUCAGAUCCCUCCCCUGUUCACUAUCCAAUAGCUGUUGCCCACACUACUGACAGUCCUGUGGAUACAGAAAUAGGGAAGUGCUCAAAUAAUGUUACUUCAGUACAUGGAUACAGCAUGGGCAAAAGUGAAGAACUAAGAUAUCAAAUAGAGCCAACAGAUGGACUAGUUCAAGACAAUAAAGAUGCAAUGCAUUUUCGUUCAAGUGAUAUCAACCCUUAUAUUCACCCAUGGCAGCAAGAUGAACGCUGCAAGAUUGGAUGGAAACAAUAUGUUUUUGGAAGUGCAAGUGAUGUUUCUAGUAACCCACCUCCACUAAAUUUGGAUAAUCAGACAGUUUUGAGGUGUUCUAGUGUGGAUAAUGGCUUGAACUCUCAAAAUUCUCCUUUCCAUUCUCACCUAAGUUCUUACGCUAAUGCAAGAAUGUUGUCUAGUACAAUAAGUAGCACAGAAGAUCUUCAAGGAUGGGAUGUUGCAAGAGAAGGCUUUGAAUCUAUACCUUCAGAUGAAAGUGGUAAGCAUUAUAACACAGUUUCUCAUGAUGAACUUGAAACUACACCAGAAAACUGCAUUUCAAGUUGUGAAAAAGUUCUUCCAGGCGUGAAAUGCUCUCAGCAGUCUGGAAAUACUUCCAUGCAAGUUGAUGAAAUAGUUCUACUUUACCCUUCUGAAUCAAAUAUAGCCUCCAAUAAACCACAGAGGGUACUUACUUGUGAACGGGAAACACAGACAGAGGCUCCAGCAAGGCAUAAAAGACAGAAGAGGCACCGUAGAAGUUACACAGAUGUAGCUGAAAGAAAACCUGAACCAAGCAGUUCAUUCCAACAACCUUCCUCUUGGUCAAGUGUGCAGAAUCUUUCUGUGCACCUAUCGCAGCUGCUUCACAACACUUCCGAAUUGCUAGGAAAUUUGUCUUUAUCAACUGUUAAAGAUAAUGAACAAUGUGACCAUAAAGCAAUUGAAGAAAGCAUAAAAGCCACCAUGUCUGACAGCUGUACUCAGACAACAGAAGACAUAGGCAUCCAGACUGAUAUUUUAGGAUACCCUCAGAGUAAGAUCAAGGAAAACCAAAUCAGCACUAAUGUGGAAAGUGGAUUGAUGAAAUCUCAGGAAGUAAAUGUUAUUGUAAAGCUUGUACAUUCAGAUACUGUAGCUCUCACGAAGGAGGAAAUGUCAGAAAGCAAGGGACAGAUACCUCAGAGCAUGCCUGACAGAAGCCAUGAUGCGGAUACUCAAGAAGAUUCGUAUAUGCCUCAGCCUACCUUAAAUAAAAACUCCAGUUCUUCAUCGGAACUGCCAAAAAUGCCAUCAAAUGUUCUGCCUGAUCUGGCUUGUGGUACUCCCAAAGUUUCUCCUCUUACAUCAUCUUCAUUUGGGUCUAGACACGAGUCUUUAACCACUGUAUUUAGUAGUCCUGCCUCUAGCAUCUCUCUGUUUCCAACAUGCUACUCUCAAGAUAAGAAUCCUAUUGGUAAAACUAGCAUGCCAGAAACCAGGGAACUAUACUGUAAAAAUAGCUUGCUCGUUGACCGAGCCUCUUCCCCAAUUUUGACACUAAGUGCCAGUCCAGUCAGCCAACAGCCUACACCAGACAAGUCUACUUGUUCUUUCAAAGGAUCGGUUGGGCAACAGAAAGGUACUGCAAAUUCAGCCACCAGUUUUAGAGGAAAAGGAUCAGAUCUACAGUAUGACUUAGCUUCUUGGGAGCCACGUGUAGACAGUUCUUCACAAACUGAGGUGGACAGUGAAUCUACCACAUCUAGAGAGAGCAAGGAAAUGUGCAAAAUGUAUGGAAAUUGCUUGGACAAGAACACGACCAAAGAGCCUUCAGGAAUAGGUGCUCCAAAACAAAAGCGCAAAUUUACUAUUGACACACAUACUGCAAUUCACACCAAAAGACUCUAUCAUUCAAGCAGCACUUUGGAACUUUCUAGCCAUGGGGAAUAUUUAGUUGAUGAUCACAGAGACACUAUUCCAAUGGAACGUUCAUUUCGUCAGAUACGAGCUACAAGGAGGGCAAGAAAUUUCUCAGGAGGAAUCAAAUAUGAAAGCCCUAUUAGAAAUUCUGAAUGCUCACCAACUAAAAAGGCUUUUCAAAAAUCUUUAAAUGAAAAACAUACAUCUUCAUUUUUAAGAUCUGAUGAGACCCCACAAUGUGUGCUUGAUUCUUUUUCUCCACAAUACCAUCAGACGUGGAGAAAUCAAAAGUUCUGCCCGUUUCCAAUGUCUGAAAUGAGUGAUAUGCAAGAUAACGAUGCUGCUGAUGCUGAUGCUGAUACAGGAUCUGAUACUGAAAGUGAAUGUAAUACUGAGAUUCUACUAAAUGAAAAUACCUCCUUAGUAAAGACUCACAGACUUCGAAGCUAUAGUCUUCGUGACCUGCCCCUGCACAAUAAAUUCAGCAAUUGGUGUGGUGUAAAAGGAGGUCCUCACUCUUCUUUAGCUAGCCUGACUCGAAGUGCUAGUGAUAUCCAUAGUCAGGCAGAAAGGAAGACAGUUAACACAAGAGCAACUGAAAUAGAUGAAAGAUCCCUGCUCAGUGAAAAGAGAGCCAGAGAAAUUGAGAGGCUGCAGAGAGAGCGUGCCCAAAUUAUGUCUGGCAUACAUUUAGAUAAGAAUCAGCAUCCUCUUACUGUAGAACUCACUGAAGCAAAGCUAACUUAUGGCAUUGGGGAAACGGAUGCCCAGCUGAGGAUUCUUCAGAGUGGAGUAGGCGAGGAUUUGACAUUGGUGCCCAUAAAGCAGCAACUCUAUGAAAGGCACAGGAAGUCAAUUGAAAUUUUGAGAAAGCAGAGGGAAGAGAGACUUCAGUGUUUCAGAAGGAGCCGCAGCCUCAGUCCACAAAAGCAUCUGAGUCUUUUCCAGACACUGGACUCAAAUCAGAGAGAUCUAGACCUUCCCAGCCGACGCCGGGAAUACCUACAGCGACUGAGACGAGAUGUGGUGCAACAUACAAGAGUUCAAGAACCGAAAAUGAAGAUCCAUCCUCCUUCGGAGAUUGAGCUGCUGCUUCGAGAUUAUCAGAGGGCACGAGAGGAGACCAAAACUGAAAUUGCACGAGCCAGAGACAAGCUUCGGGAAAGGGCUGAGCAAGAAAAGAGGCGAAUCCGGGAUCAAAUACUCUCUCAACUACAGAAGGAAGAAACUAAGCUGAAGACCAUUGUAAGCACAAGCUCUUUAUGCACAGAAUCCACCCUCAGUCUAUCUUCAGGGCCAACAUCAGGAUACAACAGUAGUAAUACAGCUACUUAUGCUGCUAGUAUACUUGGCAAGCAGGAAGGCCAGACUUCUGAAGACGUAGAAGACUCAAGAGAAGGUAGAAGAGGUCGCUCAGUUGUCAGAAAUCAUCAGCUUUAUGUUCUUGAGCAACUGCAAAAGGGUUCUACUAGUGAGACUUUUCCUAUGACCUCUUCAAGUAUGGAAAGGAGCAGUAACCUUUCACCACUUGCUUCCAGCCAUAGGUACUCUCAUAGCCUAAUUGUUUCACCUAGCACCUUUUCAUCCUCUCCUGUGAAAGGAUAUGAGGAUCUGUCCAAACACGUCUUGGCUAAUGCUGCCGCAGAGGUUAUGGCAGUGUGCUCAAAUGACUUGAAGAACCUUUAUAAUGGUCAGGCAACAGCUGGUUGGAAGUACCAAUGUGUGGAGAAGGAUGUACUAGUUUAUUAUAAAGCCUUCUCAUCAUCUGCAACUAAGCAUGGGUUCUUGGGAGCAGGAGUGAUCAACAGGCCUCUUUCCACUGUAUUGUGUAUACUGAAGGAUCCUAGUAAGAGACAUCUGUAUGACAAAACGAUUACCUCAGCUCAGAUACAUAAGAAAAUAACCAGUAAUAUUGAGCUGGUAUACGUGGUGAGUGAUGUUUCUUUGUGUUACCAAAAGCAACCAAGAGACUUCUGCUGCAUCUCUGUAGAAGCCAAAGAGGAAAAUGUGUGCAUCCUAGCUAUUCAAUCUGUCUAUGAAGAGUCAAUGCCUCGUCCUUGUAAAGAAAUGGUACGAGGGGAGAUUUUGCCCAGCGCAUGGAUAUUAGAACCUGAUACAGAGAAUGGGCAAGACAUCACUAAAGUCAUCUACAUGAUACAGGUUGACCUUGGUGCUCCAGCCAUCCCCGCAAGGCUUCUGAGUUCUAUCGCCAAACGACAACCUUUGGUGAUUGCUAGGCUUGCUCAUUUUCUGGCUGCUUAGGUAUAUAUGGUACACUAUCUACAAAUUUAUUAUCAGUAACAAAAAGUAAAUACUAGCAAUGGCAGAACUUGUAUUUGGACCAGCUCCAGAACUAGAAGCAAGAAGUCGUUAGAAAAACACUCACCGGACAACACAUAACCAGUAAGGAGCAUCUGCUUUGGACACUGCAAUCAGAGGCCAAAUCUUAAUGAAGCAUCUGCCCCUUGACUGAGUUUUCCUGUUCAGCCCAUUGGGAAGGGGUAACUUUUCUGGAUUGGGGCUUCUAGAAACAGUAGCGAAGUGAGAAGCAUUCUUUGGCAAACAAUCAACAUUGACUAGCAGAAGUCAUUUGGAGUUCUAAAUUAUUUUUCUUCUCUCAGACUAUUGCAAAACUGCUGGUG